AAGGACGAGUGGCGACGGAGGGCACGCGGAAGCUCCGACCGUCCCGGGCGCGCCGGCAGGACAGCGGCACCGUGGCUGCGGCGGCGCGCAGAGGCGGUGGAGGGCCGUCUGGCUCCCGGCCCGCGGGGCUCGGACCCAGGGCCGGGGCCCGGAGCCCCCAGCCUCGAGCCCGGCCGGCUGGCGCCAUGCUGCGCUACCUGCUCAAAACGCUGCUGCAGAUGAACUUGUUCGCGGAGUCCCUGGCCGGGGACAUUUCCAACUCCAGCGAAGUGCUCCUGGGCUUCAACUCCUCUCUGGCGGCGCUCAACCACAGCCUGCUGCCGCCCGACGACCCCUCUCUCAACGGGUCAAGGGUCGGGCCAGAGGACGCGAUGCCGCGCAUCGUGGAGCAGCCGCCAGAUUUGCUGGUCUCCAGAGGCGAGCCGGCCACGCUGCCCUGCCGCGCCGAGGGCCGGCCCCGGCCCAACAUCGAGUGGUACAAGAAUGGGGCGCGCGUGGCUACCGCACGCGAAGAUCCGCGCGCGCACCGCCUGCUGCUGCCCAGUGGCGCCCUUUUCUUCCCGCGCAUCGUGCACGGGCGCCGCGCGCGGCCCGACGAAGGUGUCUACACUUGCGUGGCGCGCAACUACCUGGGAGCAGCGGCUAGCAGAAACGCCUCGCUGGAAGUGGCAGUCCUCCGCGAUGAUUUCCGGCAGUCUCCUGGGAACUUGGUGGUGGCAGUGGGAGAGCCAGCCGUACUGGAAUGCGUGCCUCCCCGCGGCCACCCCGAGCCAUCGGUGUCCUGGAAGAAGAACAGUGCAAGAAUCCAGGAGGAGGAGGGAAGGAUCACGAUCCGUGGAGGGAAGCUGAUGAUGUCACACACACUCAAGAGUGAUGCAGGGAUGUAUGUGUGUGUGGCCUCCAACAUGGCGGGAGAACGGGAGAGUGGGGCAGCCGAACUUGCGGUGCUGGAGCGCCCCUCCUUCCUGCGGAGACCAAUGAAUCAGGUGGUCCUGGCUGAUGCCCCAGUGGAUUUCCCAUGUGAAGUGCAAGGGGAUCCCCCUCCUCUGCUGCGCUGGCGCAAGGAGGACGGAGAACUCCCUCCGGGCAGGUAUGAGAUCCGGAGUGACCACAGCCUUCGGAUUGGGCGGGUGAGUGCUGAAGACCAGGGGACUUACACCUGCGUGGCGGAGAACAGCGUGGGCCGUGCUGAAGCCUCCGGCUCGCUCAGCGUUCACGUCCCGCCCCAGCUGGUGACCCAACCCCAGGACCAGAUGGUGUCUCUAGGAGAGAGUGUGGCUUUCCAGUGCGAGACCAAAGGAAACCCCCCACCCGCCAUCUUCUGGCAGAAGGAGGGGAGCCAGGUUCUGCUUUUCCCCAGUCAGUCGCUUCAGCCCACGGGGCGCUUCUUGGUCUCCCCAGGGGGCCAGCUCAGCAUCACUGAAGUGCAGAGUGGGGAUGCUGGCUACUACGUGUGCCAGGCCAUCAGUGUGGCUGGCAGCAUCCUGGCCAAGGCCCUGUUGGAGAUAAAGGAAGCAUCCUUGGAUGGACUGCCCCCCAUCAUCCUCCAGGGACCAGCCAAUCAGACUCUGGCCCAAGGCUCAUCUGUGUGGCUGCCAUGCAGAGUGGCAGGGAACCCUCCACCUAGUGUCCGAUGGAAGAAGGAUGGGCAGUGGCUGCAGGGGGAUGACCUCCAGCUCAGCCUAAUGACCAAUGGUACCCUGUACAUUGCUAGCGUGCAGGAGAUGAACACGGGUUUCUACAGCUGUGUGGCCAAGAGUUCCACAGGGGAGGCCACAUGGAGUGGCUGGCUUAGGAUGCAGGAAGAUUGGGGAGUGUCAUCAGAUCCCCCCAUAGAAUCCAGGACUCCUCCAGGGCCUCCCUCUCGGCCACUGGUCACUGAGAUCACCAAGAACGGCAUCACCCUGACCUGGAAGCCCAGCCCGCAGGCGGGGGCCACAGUUACCUCUUAUGUGAUAGAGGCCUUCAGCCGAGCAGCUGGCAACACGUGGCGGACAGUGGCAGAUGGCGUGCAACUGGAGACUCACACAGUCAGCGGUCUGCAGCCCAAUACCAUCUACCUGUUCCUGGUUCGAGCUGUGGGGGCCUGGGGCCUCAGCGAGCCCAGCCCCGUCUCUGAGCCUGUCCGCACCCAGGACAGCAGCCCCUCCCGGCCAGCGGAGGACCCAUGGAGAGGCCAGCGGGGGCUGGCUGAGGUGGCUGUGCGGAUGCAGGAGCCCGUCGUCCUCGGGCCCCGGACCCUGCAGGUGUCCUGGACUAUGGAUGGCCCAGUUCAGCUGGUGCAAGGUUUCCGGGUGUCUUGGAGGACUGCAGGCCCUGAUGGGGGAAGCUGGACGGCGCUAGACCUAGAGUCCCCAAACCAGCAAAGUGCUGUGCUCAGAGGGCUCCCCCCAGGGACCCAAAUCCAGAUCAAGGUGCAAGCCCAAGGCCAGGAGGGGCUGGGGGCCGAAAGCCCCUUUGUGACCAGGAGCACUCCUGACGAGGCCCCCAGUGGUCCCCCCCAGGGAGUGGCAGUGACCUUGGGGGGUGAUGGCAACAGCAGUAUCACUGUGUCCUGGGAACCUCCACUCUCCUCUCAGCAAAACGGGAUCAUCAAGGAAUACCAGAUCUGGUGCCUGGGCAAUGACAGUCGCCUCCACCUCAACCGGUCUGUGGCAGGCUGGGCACGCUCCGCUGUUCUCCGGGGACUGCUGCCAGGUCUCUUCUACCGGACCCAGGUCGCGGCGGCCACCAGCGCUGGCGUGGGCGUGGCCAGUGCCCCGGUGUCGGUGCAGCUGCCGUCCCCGCCGGAGUUGGAGCCUGGGCUCGAGGUGGGCUCUGGGCUGGCUGAGCGGCUGGCGAGGGUGCUGCGGAGGCCGGCCUUCCUCGCGGCCAGCGGCGCCGCCUGCGGGGCGUUGCUCCUCGGGCUCUGCGCCGCCCUCUACCGGCGCCAGAAACAGCGUAAGGAGCUCAGCCACUACACGGCCUCCUUUGCCUACACCCCUGCAGUGUCCUUCCCACACUCAGAGGGCCUCUCUGGAGCCAGUUCCAGGCCACCCGUGGGCCUUGGCCCUGCCCCCUACCCAUGGCUGGCAGACUCGUGGCCCCACCCAUCUCGAAGCCCCUCAGCCCAGGAACCCAGGGGAAGCUGCUGCCCCAGCAAUCCUGACCCAGAUGACAGAUACUACAAUGAAGCAGGGAUCUCCCUCUACCUGGCUCAGACGGCCCGGGGCCCUGCUGCUUCUGGUGAGGGUCCUGUUUACAGUACCAUUGACCCCGCUGGGGAGGAGCUGCGGACCUUCCAUGGGGGCUUCCCCCAACAACCCCCCGGGGAUCCAGGCACCUGGAGCCCGUAUGCUCCUCCAGAAUGGAGCCAGGGGGACAGUGGAGCCAGAGGAGGCAAAGUGAAGCUUCUGGGAAAGCCUGUGCAAAUGCCCUGUCUCAACUGGCCAGAAGCCCUGCCACCGCCUCCCCCUUCCUGUGAGCUGAGCUGUCUCGAGGGGACUGAGGAGGAGCUGGAGGGCAGCUCAGAGCCAGAAGAGUGGUGCUCUCCAAUGCCCGAGAGAAGCCACUUGACAGAGCCCAGCUCCAGUGGAGGGUGCCUGGUCGCCUCGUCCAGAGGGGAAACCCCCUCUCCCACCCCCUCCUAUGGACAGCAGUCCACAGCCACUCUCACCCCCUCAUCUCCUAACCUCCCCCAGCCACCCACUGGCAUUCCCUGUCUUCCUCAGGUGGCCAGGAGGGUGCCCGUUGGGCCCAGUUCCCCUCUCAGUGCAUCCCAGCCCCUUCUGAGUAGCCAUGAAGGAGGGUUUGCUGGCCUGGGUGCUGGUCCUGCAGCCUCCCAUCACCUCAACCCCAGCCCUGUCCUUGGGUCCGCCAGCAGUGCCCCAGGGAGGACCCGGCAGGCGCUUGCGGAGAUGACCCCUCCACUUCAAGGACCCCGGGCCCGAUUCCGGAAAAAACCCAAAGCUCUUCCCUACAGACGGGAACACAGUCCCGGGGACUUGCCCCCACCACCCUUGCCGCCACCAGAGGAAGAGGCCAGCUGGUCCUUAGGCUUGAGCACAGCAGGCAGUGUCUCCUCGUUGGAGCGGGAACGUAGUGGGGAAAGGAGAGCUGGGCAGGUGGGACCCCUGGGUGCCCGGCAGUGCCCUCACCCAGAAGAAGAGUCCUGGCCCCCAUACAGCAGGCCCAGCUUCCUGUCCCGGGGCCAGGGCACCAGCAGCUGUUCUACUGCUGGCAGCAACUCUUCGCGAGGCUCCGGCAGCUCUCGGGGCUCCUGGCGCCCCGGACGGAGCCGCAGCCGCAGCCGGAGUCAGAGCCAAAGGCCAGGACAGAAGCGUCAAGAGGAACCAAGAUGACCCUUGCUGAGACAAUGAGAAUAGGAGGAGUUCCAUGGAAAACGGG